CACAACUCAACAUCAAGAUGACAACCAGUUAAUACAGCUUCUAUCGCACCCAGAUCACAUUUCUCUUUCUCCUUCCAGCCCUGGAUGUAUUCUGAAAGCAGGAUUCUAAUAUUUGCCCCAACUUUUUUCAGACAACAAUCAUUAUGAACGGCGCAUCCAGGGCGCCAUCAUCUUUAGAUGCUGGUAGGUUGCUUCAAGAUACCAGAUCAGUUUUCAGGAAGAGCGCGUGGGAAUUUGAGUUUCUUGCUGCUAAUGUAUGUUGGCGUAGUGGAAUAUGAUUCUAUAAACGACCUUAAUGCCAUCUUCUCCCAUCCCUCGACGCUGCAAUCCAUCAACCAACCCGCGAAUGCCCUCCAGAACCACCAGGAUGAGCUCGCAGCCUCGAUUUCCGACCUGGUCGCCGCGCAAGCCUACAGCGAUAACUCGAGCCUCAAGAGAAUGCAGUCCGCGAAGGACGAGCUGGCGGAGCUCUUUGGGAAGAUCGAAUCGGUACGCACUCGGGCAAUUGAGACGGAACGAACUAUUACGUCCAUGACGGCGGAUAUCAAGCGGCUGGAUGAUACGAAGAAGAAUCUUACUCUUUCUAUGACGGCGCUGAAACGCCUGCAGAUGCUUACGACUGCCUAUGAACAAUUGAGAGGCCUGGCCAAGACAAGGCAGUAUAAGGAGUGUGGUAGUUUAUUGCAGGCUGUGCUGCAGCUUAUGCGACAUUUUAAUACGUAUCGGAGUAUUGAUCAGAUUGCGACGCUGAGCCGUAAUGUCGCGGAGAUCCAGAGGGAGCUGCUGGAACAGGUCUGCGAGGAUUUCGAGAUGGCAUUUGCAAAGGGUGAGGUUGCUAAUCGGAAGGUGGUGCUUGGUGAGGCGUGUUUGGUGAUGGAUGCGCUGGGGGAAAAUGCUAGGGCGAGGUUGGUGACUUGGUAUGUUAAUACGCAGUUGAGGGAGUACAGACAGGUCUUUAGAGGGAAUGAUGAGGCGGGGAGUUUGGAUAAUAUUGGACGUCGGUAUAGUUGGUUUCGACGGAUGCUCAAGACUUAUGAGGAUGAACAUGCUGGGAUUUUUCCAACGCAUUGGAGGGUCAACGAAGUGCUGGCAAAUUCUUUCUGUGAGGGGACUAGAGAUGACUUUAAAGGGAUACUGGAAAGAAGCAUGAGGAGACCGGAUGGUGGGAAAAUCGACGUCAAUUUAUUGCUAAGCUGUUUGCAAGAGACCAUGGAUUUUGAACAGAGUCUGGAAAAGAGAUUUGCUGGCGUGUCUAGAGAAAGUAUGGAUACGCUCAGUUCCGGGGAGGAAGGAAAGCCUCAGACUUUUGAUCGUUCCAUUUCAGAAGCAUUCGAACCAUAUCUCAGCUUAUGGGUAGAUUCUCAGGACAAACAACUGGCGACAAUGAUACCAAAAUACCGGACGCUACCACUUCUUCCCGAGGAUGAAGAGUUUUCAGCACAGGCUGUGAUAUCUUCAUCCAUUGAACUCUUUCAUUUUUACAAACUUACCCUGGCACAAUGUGCCAAGCUCUCUACAGGGGAACGGUUAUUGGAUUUAUCCAAGACGCUUGCCAAGUAUCUCGAUGAGUAUGCUCAGCAAGUUCUUUUGCAUUUCCUUUCCACUUCCGGGGGGCCAAGUCUACAGAAUAUUAUUCUGGUUCUGAAUACUGCCGAUUAUUGGCAUACCAACACACAGCAACUGGAAGAAAAUAUCAAGAAACGAAUCGAUAAUGAAUUUUCAUCAAAAGUCGACUUCUCUUCACAAUCAGAUGCGUUUUUGGGCGUUGCUAGUGCCUCUAUUGCAGCGCUGGUUCAUCUGGUUGAGCUUGAAUGUGAUGCCCCAUGGCGAGAGAUGAGGAACACAAAUUGGAGUAGAAUGGAGAGUGUAGGAGAUCAAAGCUCCUAUGUCGCCGAGUUGCUGAGACACGUUGAAUCGCAAGCCAAAGAGAUUCUUCCUUUGGUAAGCAAACAACAUUAUGCCAAAGCAUUCUGUGACAAAACUGUCGAAUACCUUGCAACUUCAUACAUAGCCAAUAUUGUCCAAUGCCGUCCUAUCUCUGAGGUUGGCGCUGAACAAGUAAGUUUCUCUCCCAUCUAUACCUAUACACAUAAAACUAACAAAUCCCAGUUAAUCCUUGAUAAAUACGUCCUCACAAAGGAACUCACAACCCUCAUCUCCCACUCCCCAUCUGCAUCCACAUCCUCCACUGCCCAAACCGCCUUCGUCAAAAGAGUCACCCAAAGCAUGACCCGUCUCGAUCCCCUCCUCAAAACCCUCCAAGUCCACCCCUCACCCCCGGAAGCCCUCGUAAAAGCCUACCUCCUCCACAUCGCCGACCGCUCCGACACCAACUUCCGCAAGAUCCUCGAGCUCAAAGGCAUCCGCAAGCAAGACCAACCGGGACUCGUCGAAACCUUUGGCUGGCACCGCGACGCCGCUCCCAAAGUCCAGCUUGCGGCUCAAUCCCCGCUUCUCACGCCCCUCAUGCAGACGGGGGGUAUGGGCAGCGUAGGCCUGGGGAUUGGCGGCCUUGGUGGCGGGAACUCGUCGACGCCUAUCUUGAAUACGAAGUUUGAUGCGGCGGGCUUUGGGGAGAAGCUUUUUAGUGCGGCGAGGGAUGGGGUGGAGAGGAUGGGGACGGCGGGGGGGCCCGGGGCGGAUGGGGUGAGGAGUCCGUUGGCGGAGGAGGCGAAGGUGGUGGUGGAGGGGAAUUUGAAGAGUUUGGNGCGGAUGGGGUGA